CUUCAGUCCGCAGACCGAUGCUCUACCCACUGAGCUCAACAGGCCAGGGCCAAUCGAGUUAAAUUCUAAACCAUUGGCCAGAUUCCCCGGUUCUGGCCGCUCUUAUGCACCAGGGGUGUAUGCUAUGGGCACAAACAUUAGUUUCUCUCCCAACCCAAACCCCCUAUGGGACUGGCCCCGGUCACUAGUAAUUCAGGAGCAGAUCCCAGGCACGGACUGUCGAGGUCUCCGUACACACGCCCUCCACCAGGCAGCCGGGUCAGGCCCACGUGUGACUACGGGUUUCCCUCCGCAGACGUGGGUGGACGGCGGGUUCACCAACAGCCUCCCCAUCCUGCCCGUGGGCCGCACGGUGACCAUCUCCCCCUUCUGCGGCCGCCUGGACAUCUCCCCGCAGGACAAGGGGCAGCUGGGCGUCUACGUCAGCAUCGCCAACCAGGACAUCUUGGUGUCCGUGGCCAACUUGGUGCGGCUCAACCAGGCCCUGUUCCCGCCGGGCCAGCGGGAAAUGGAAUCCCUGUACCGUCGCGGCUUCCGGGACGCCGCUGGGUUUUUGCUCAAGGAGAACUGGUUCGAGUAGAGGGCCUCCAGGCACGUCCCGAGUCCAUUGGGGAUCGGUGAUGAGAUUUCUAUAAGCCGUCAGAAUUCUGUCACAGUUACCGGUCGUGGUCACGGUUUGCGUCAUUUUUAAUAGUUAAAUGUUCCCUGGCUGCAAAGAAAGACGAGGCAUUUCAUGGAAGGUGGCCACGUUAUCAAGGGCACAACGCGGGAUGCACUUACGCAGACGAGCUCCUGCAAAACACGGAGACACAAGCCCACCUCGAAGCCUUGGGGAUAAGAAGUGAAUCCCGCCCGGCCGGCCGGCGUGGCUCAGCGGUUGAGCUCUGACCUAGGAACCAGGGGGUCAGGGUUCGAUU